AUGUCCGAAUCGGAAACCAUUGGAGACUGGUAUUUGGCACCCUGGGAAGCCCAGAGUCUGCUCGGUGGCAAUUCCUCAGCCGAUUUCCGGUUAAAGGUCGUUGAUGUACUGGGCAAUGAAAUCACCAGUGACCAUAUUUCCAUCGGCAGGAAGAUCCGUCUGAUGGCAGAAGAUACAUCUGGUUCCAUCAUAGCAUUUAGGGCAUUGAGCUGUGCAGCACAGAACGGAGUUAGCAGAUACUACAUAUUAAGAGCUGGAUGUGGUGAUGGACUGGUCUUCAAGAAAAGUGACGGUUUCGAAACUACGGGAAAUGUGGUAUUGAGCCCAUACUUUGAAGCCUUCAAGCUAGCCGGCGGCAGAGACACCAUCGAAUUUGAGUGCAGGUUUACACAGUGCGAAGAGACUUGUAAUGGAGUAAGAUAG